AUGGAGGUAGAUAAUGAAUAUGAUACAAGAGGAAUUUUAAUUGGUCAUAACAAAGGAGUAAGGAGUUUAUGUGUGAUAAAUAAUGAUCUGUUGGAUGGAUUAAAAGGUUAUGAUUUAAAAUUUGAAUAUAUAGUUAGUGCUGAUUGUAAUGGAACAAUUAUUGUAUGGAAAAAAAGAAAAUACGAAAACAUGAAUAAGAAAGAAGAAAAUAACUCGAGUAAUAUAAGAGAUAUUGGUGAAUAUUCAAAUGAUGAAAAAAAUGAAACUGUAAAUAAUAAUGAUAAUUUACUUAAUGAUAAUUUAUUAAAUGAUAAUUUAUUAAAUGAUAAUUAUAUUUUACAUAAAAAAAUAGAAAUUCAUGAAAAAUUUAUAUAUUCAUUGUGUUAUAGUAAAUAUAUAGGAAUAAAUGAAUUAAAAAAUUGCAAAGAAAAUAUAGAAAAUCAUUUAUAUAUUUUUAGUGGGGGAAAUGAUAGAAAUAUUUAUCUAUUUAAUUUAAACGGUUUUAUUGAAUUAGUACUACAAGGACAUAAGAAUAGCAUAUGUAGUAUAGUUGAAAAAAAUGAAAAUAUUUUGUUAAGUGGAGAUUGGAAUGGUGAAGUAUUUAUUUGGAAGAUUGAAAAGAAUGAAGAAGAAAAAAAUAACAAUUUAAGUAAUAACAUAAAUGACUUAAAUAGAAUUAGUGGAAACAGAUACUCCUACAAUAUACUAAAAAUAUUAAAUAAUCAUAAACAUGCUGUAUAUGUAAAUUGCUUAAAUGAUAUAAUACUAACUAUUUCUCAAAAUAAUAUAGUGAAUAUAUGGAACAACAAUGGAGAAAAGACAGACGAAAUUAGAAAUAUACAUAAUGAUAGUGUUCGUGAUAUCAUAUUAUUUAAUGAAAACAAAAAUGUUAUUACAUUUUCUAAUGAUGAAAAUAUUCAUAUUUAUGAUAUUAACUUUAAUUUACUAAAAAUUUAUAAAGGGCAUAAAGGCUUUAUUUUCUAUGUUUGUAUAAAUGAAAAAGAUAAAAUAAUGAUUAGCUGUGGUGAUGAUAAAGUUAUUAAAAUAUGGUGUAUUAAGGAUAUUUAUGAAUUAAUGAAUACAUAUAAUAUAACUGAUAUAAAAAAAAAUAAUUUAAUAAACGAGAAUUUUAAUUGUAUUCAAACUAUUUAUUUAACAGAUACAUUGUGGAAUAUUAAACUAUUAAGUAACAAUGAUUUUGUGUGUGCUUGUAAUGAUAAUACUGUUAGAAUAUAUACCAAUAAAAAAGAUAAGAAAUUAAAAAAAGAAAUAAUGGAAGAAUUUGAAAAACAGUAUAGAAAAAAAAAUGAUAUAAAUGAUGAAAAUGUAAAUAAAAUAGAAAAUAUAAAUAAUAUAAAAGGGAAAGAAGGAGAAAUAAAAAUUUUCAAAAAUAUGGAAAAAUAUGAAGCUUAUAAAUAUGAAAAUGGUAAUUGGGUUCUUAUUGGUGAUGUAGUUGAUGAUAUUAAAUUGGAAAAAAAGUUUUAUAUUGGAGAUAAUUUAUUCAAACAAGGUUAUUAUGAUGAAUUGUUUUCGAUAGAUACAGGAUAUGGUAGUAUAAAACAGCUACCUUAUAAUAAAAAUGAUAAUAUUUUUUUAAUAGCAGAAAAAUUCUGUAAAAGAGAAGGUAUUUCUGUUAGUCAUGUAAAAUCAAUUGUGGAUUUCAUUAACCAAAACACUUCAGUUAAAAAUAAUAAGGAAAAUUAUGAAAUGCAAAAUGAAAAUAAAAAAAAGAAUUUUAAAACUAUUUUAAAUGUUUUUACUGUACAGAAAUCAUCAUUAGAUAAAAUUCUACAAAAAAUUAAGGAAUUUAAUUUACUUCUUUCUAUUGACGAUAAAUAUAAGUUAAAUAAUGAAGAAAUCAAUUCAUUAACCAACAUUAUAAAUAUAUAUAUAAAAGAUAUCAAAAAUAUGUAUAAGUUUAAUACUGCAGAUAUAAAUUUAAUUAACAAACUUUUUGCAUGGUCACCUUUUUAUAUAUUUCCAGUAAUAGAUUUAUUUAGAGUAUUAAUAUUAAAUAAAAAUUGUGAUUUUUUUUAUAAUAAUAAAUACUCUUUUAAUGCUUUUAAAUUAGUUUAUGAUUGUAUAUCUUUUUAUAUUAAAAACUCAGAAAAUUUAAAAGAAAAUGAACAGAGUAAAUUAGAUUCUUUGUUAUUAUGUUGUUUGCGUUUUUAUCUAAAUAUGUUUAAUUUAUCAACCCCAAGAUACUAUAUGUUUAAAAAAUAUAAUUUUAUUUUAAAACAAUUUUCAGAAAUUAAAUCAAACAGUGGUAACAUAAAUAUCUUAUUUAUAAAAAUAUUUUUUAAUUAUGUUAUAGUAUUAAACGAAAAUAAUGAUAAUGAAUUAAGAAAAAUAUUAUUUGAAAUUAUUCAUUCUCUUAAUAAUCAAAUAAAUGAAAUAGAAUUUUUAUAUAUAUAUUCUUUAUGUUUUCACACUUCUUAUGAUUCUUAUAUUAAACAAACUGAAGAAAUUAUCAAAAAAUAUGACACAAUUAAUUUUAUUAAAAAUAAAUUAAAUUCUUUAAUUUCUCAAAGAAAUGAACAAAAUGAGAAAUUCUUCAAAAAUGUUAAAUUAAUUUUAGAAGAUCUUAAUUUAAAAAAAUAA